AUGAAGCCAUUCGGAAGGCUAGCGUAUACCACCGCACGACGAAUCGGAACGUGCAAGCGCAAUGUAACAACAUCAAGACAUUUCAGCGUAGAGUCUAAGGACCAAACAAAUAUUGAAUCAGGAACUUUAUACGAGAUGGACAUCACUGUUGCCAAGCAGCUCAAUAUGAAAACUCAUCUUCCUUCACAGCUCGCUAAGCAAAUGGAUACGUUAGGAGAAAUUGUUACUUUAGUCCGAGAACCAACAGCAGAAGUUGCGAGCUGUAUGCGUGUCGUCGACAAACAUCUUCCAAAUUUGCGAUUGGUGCUUUGGGGAGCGUUCGGUACCGGGAAAACAGUAACGCUGAAUCAAGCGGUUCACCAUGCCUAUAAAAACAAUUGGGCAAUUGUCAAUCUCCGCAGUGCGAUGGAACUAACUAGAAGAGUGAAAGAGAUUGAGAUGUCAUCAUUUGUUUCUGGACGUAUCAAUGAUCCUUCAAACGCCGUGGCCAUUCUACAAAAUUUCAAGCAACAGAAUCAACACGUAUGGAAAACACUUACUGAUUUGCUUACUGAAAAAGACUACGAAUGGUCGAAAAGUGAGCGAACUUUGAAAGGAAAGCCAAUCACUGAAAUCGUUGAAAUGGGAACUUCUGCCCCGUUUCUCGCAAGCGAUUGUGUCGGUGCCAUUUUCCGAGAGCUUCGAAGACACGCUAAAAACGACAAAUUAAAAGUACUUGUCGCAAUUGACGACGCAAACUCACUCUGGGGAAAAACACUAGUGAAGAGAGCCGACAGAACGUAUGCUCCACCAUCUGAUCUUACUCUUGUUGUACAUUUUCGACGAAUGAUUGCAAACGACUGGACCAACGGUUGCGUUUUGAUGGUUGCUGACAAGAAAGAAGUUGCCGAUGCGAGAGACGAACUCGAAGUAUCCAGACACACACCAUUAGAACUAUUUGGAGAAGAGGGAUUUGAGUUUAUUGAGCCCUUCGUUCCCAUCGAAACAUCCAACUACACAGAAAGCGAGGCCGAUACGAUUUACAACUACUAUGUCAGCAAAAACUGGUUGGCAUCGAAAUCAGCUAGAAGCGAGGAAGGAAGGAAACAACUCAUGUAUCUCAGUGCAUUCAAUCCAUAUUACUAUGAGCGAUUGUGCGCGUUCAAUUGA